UCCCAACGGUAUCAGCAUGUGGAGGUCCUGGUGACACUCAUCCAUCGCUGUAUACAGACGCGAGAAUGGGAACGUGCACUAAGGGGUUUCAGCUUGCUCCUUCGUGUUCCUGAUGUCGACAUCAAGCUCUGCUACGACAUGGGACUAGAGAUUCUACUGCACACAGAAAAGGAGAAGGCCAUUGAGUACCUCUCUCGCUUGAUUGUUGCCUUCCCACCCCUCACGCAUGGUACAAUUCUGCGCAUGGAAGGGCAUCAAACGCCGCGCGCUGAGGUAUUCGUUCGGAUCUUGACAGUCCAUCGCAUUCAUCAGGGACGAUUUCACGAAGCGGUGGAUGCAUUGGAUCAAUGGCUGCUCGUACCGCCUUUUCGAGACGAUCGACAGCUCUGGCAGCUGUAUGUGGCUAUUUGCAAAGAGUUGGAGGAUCAAGCCCGGCAGGCAGAUGAUGCAGCUGGUCGUGUCAAGUGGAAGUCGAAG